AUGGUGCACCUCGUGCGAGUCGCGACUUGUGCGCUCAACCAAUGGUCCUUGGAUUUUGAAAACAACCUGCGCCGCAUCAAACAGAGCAUCCACGAGGCCAAGCAAGCCGGCGCCACCCUCCGCGUCGGCCCCGAGCUCGAGAUCACCGGCUAUGGCUGCCUGGACCAUUUUCUCGAGAAUGAAGUCUACGAAAACUCGUGGGACUCGCUCGAGGCCAUCCUGACCGACGAGUCCCUGCACGGCAUCGUCAUUGACGUCGGCCUGCCCCUCCUCCACCGCAACUGCCGGUACAAUGCCCGCGCCAUUGUCCUCGACGGCAAGAUUCUCUGCUUCCGUCCGAAGCUGUUCUUGGCCAACGACGGCAAUUUCCGCGAGAUGCGCUUCUUCACGCCCUGGAAGGCCCCGCGCCACGUGGAGCAGUACUAUCUCCCGCCCCGGAUUCAAAAGCUUCAGGGUAGCCGCCAGGUCCCCAUUGGCGAUGUUGUUCUCUCGACCAUCGAUACCUGUCUGGCUGCCGAGACUUGUGAAGAGCUCUUUACGCCCAACAGUCCACAUAUUGAAAUGGGACUCAAUGGCGUCGAGAUUUUCACAAACAGCAGCGGAAGCCAUCAUUCCCUUCGCAAACUGGAUGAGCGGAUUGCACUCAUUUCCGAAGCCACCCGCAAGAAUGGAGGUGUCUAUCUUUACUCGAACCAACUGGGCUGUGACGGGGACAGAUUGUACUACGAUGGCUGCGCCAUGAUCUUUGUCAAUGGAAAACUUGUUGGCCAGUCCUCUCAAUUUUCCUUAAACGAAGUCGAAGUCAUUGUUGCUACCGUAGACCUCGAGGAAGUCCGAGCUGCGCGCUUUGCCCCGUCACGAGGCCAGCAAGCUGUGCAAUCCCACGAAUAUCAACGCAUCGAAGUCGACUUCUCAUUGACAAAUGACUCUUAUCUUCUAGACAGCCCCACGCCCGCCCGCCCGCCACGCUAUCAUCUCCCCGAGGAAGAAAUUGCCCUCGGCCCUGCCUGCUGGCUAUGGGACUAUCUGCGCAGAUCUGGUGCGUCAGGCUUCCAGGUUGCACUGAGCGGCGGCAUCGACAGCUGUGCCACAGCCACAAUUGUCUACUCCCUGUGCCGACUAGCCGUCGCAGCUGCGAAGCAAGGCAACGCCGAAGUCAUCGCCGACAUGACGCGACUCGCAAAGUACACAAAGAAACUUCCGGAUACACCCGAGGCACUCUGCAACCAACUCCUCCAUACCGUGUAUCUCGGGAUGGAGGCACAGAGCUCCAAGGAGACGCGGCAACGAGCCAAGGACCUGGCUGCGCGCAUCGGAGCAUAUCACCAGGAUGUGAACAUUGAUGCCAUGUUUCAUUCCGCCAAAGACAUUUUCAGUCAAGCCACUGGAUUGACUCCCAAGUUCAAGGUUCAUGGAGGGUCGCACAUUCAAAACUUGGCUCUGCAAAAUAUCCAAGCUAGAUCUCGAAUGGUCCUCACCUACCUUUUUGCUCAACAAAACUGCGAGGUUCGAGAGCGGCCGGGCGGCGGUGGACUAUUGGUCCUCGGCAGCGCCAACGUUGACGAAUGUCUCCGUGGAUACUUGACGAAAUACGACUGCUCUUCCGCCGAUGUGAACCCCAUCGGCUCCAUCAGUAAAGUCGAUCUCGUUAGCUUCAUUACUUGGGCUGGGAAGAACUUUGACAUGCCCGUGCUAGACGAAUUUGUCACGGCCGUCCCGACCGCGGAGCUCGAGCCCAUCACUGCCGACUACGUUCAAUCCGACGAAGCAGAUAUGGGAUUCACAUACAAGGAGCUGUCCAAGUUUGGUGUCUUGCGCAAGGUCCACAAGCUCGGCCCGUAUGGCUGCUUCCUUCGCCUGUUGAGCGAAUGGAAGGAUGAAAAGACGCCCCGCGAGAUUGCCGAAAAGACUGUCAACUUUUACAAAUUUUUCCAACAAAACAGGCACAAGCAGACUGUUGCAACCCCCGCCCCUCACGCCGAAUCUUACAGUCCGGACGACCAUCGGUUCGACCUGCGUCCUAUUGUGUACCCUCCUAUAACGCAGAGCUGGUCAUUCGACAAGAUCUACGCCAGAGUUGAAAAGCUGGAGAGCAAGGCGAAGCAAACAUAG